UCAACGGCCCAUUAUGAUAAAAUCUACUAGAAAUGCUGUCUUGGGGAAAAAGUCCCCUAAGCGUCACUCCCGAUUCUGGAAACUACAGAGGAAUAUUUUGAGACGAAAAUUGAGAUGGCAGCCAGGAAUGCUUUCAGAUAUGUUUCUCGUAGGCUCUCAAGCAGUGGCAAGGUGUUAGGUGAGGAGGAAAAAGCUGCUGAAAAUGUCUACAUCAAGAAAAUGGAGAAAGAGAAGCUGGAGAAGCUUGCUCGCAAGGGUCCCAAGCCAGAAGAACAUGCUGCAACUAGCGCUGGUGGCUCAGGGUCAGUAGCUGAUGCUGCAUCAAGUGCCCAGGCCUCUUCAACACCCAGGGUAUCAGAUGACAAAUACCGCAACUAUGGUGUUCUAGCUGGACUGGUUACUGGUGUUGGUGCUUUGGGUUGGUACUUGCUGUCAAAGGACAAGAAGGAGGAAGAAGUACAUGAUUGAGAUCUCUCUAAAUAAGCAACUCCUUAAAAGAAAAAAAUAAAGCAAAACUGGCGUUUGGAAAACAGUAGCCUUGCCUCUUUUCCUUCUGUAUGGUUUUCCAAUGUCUGGAUGUACAAAAAUCUCCAGAGCGGGUGUACAUUUUACAACUGCUGAACUGGAUGACGUUCUGUAUGUGUUGCUUGGUUCACAUCGUAUUAGAGAAGAAUUUCUUGGGUUCGUUUGUUACCUUAAACAGGGUGUUAUUUGUUUCUUUUUUACUGUCAUCUACUUCCUUCCAUGGUUAGUGUGAUUUGGUCUCAUAA